ACCUCAGAGAUCGCACUUUUCUGUUUUUCUGACGUUUUUUUAUACGCUGUCAUCAUGCGUAGCUUCUGGAUGCUGGCGGUAGCCCUUACUCUGCUCGUGUGUGGCAUUACAGCACAGGUCAAGAACUAUCGCCGCCCGACUAAGGUCACCACCCAGUGCUGUAAGUCAGUGUCCCGGUCCAAAAUCCCCCAUGAGAUCAGAGCCUACAAGCGGCAGAAUGCCUUACACCCUUGUGUCGAAGCCAUCGUAUUUUACACAAACAUGGGCAACAUUUGUACCAACCCCAAGGCCAAAUGGAUAGCGGAGAAAAUUAAAGGACUCAAAGAAAUCCAUUGAGGAAGACAGGGGAAGAGACCUGAGGAAGGAUGACGCUUAUAAUUUAGUAUUGUCUCUGCC